AACUACUAUGAUGAUGCAUUUUUCUUAUUCUCUCACUGCCAGCGUUGCAGAAAUAACCCUUUACCUCCAACAAUUUUCCUGGGGUGAGCAAGUUAUCUUGCAUAAUACAGUACAAAGAGGAACAGUCAUAGUUCAUUUAGUUAAUAAGUAUCUUUCGGGUGAACCUGUUGAAAAGACAGGAGCCGGUUCACCUGCAGACGCAGAGCCACCAUGGAGCUGCGUCUCUCCGUCUGCGUCCUGCUGCUGCUCUGUGCGCCAAGGAGCUCCGAUGGAGGAAAGAUCUUGGUGUGGUACACUGAGGCCAGCCACUGGAUCAACAUGAAGCCGGUCCUGGAGACGCUGGUGGACAGAGGACACCAGGUGACGGUCCUGGUCCCCAGCGCGUCCAUGUUCAUGAACAGCAGCGAGCCGUCUCGCUUCCGGUACGAACCGUUCGACGUCUCCGUCUCACUGGAGGCAAUGGAGGAGCUUCUUGACGAAUUUAAUCAAUUUUCUAUGUAUGAGAUAGAUUACAUGAACUACUUCCAGAUUUACAUGAAAUACAUGGAUCUUAUGAGUACUGACCUGCAGAUCAACCUUAAGAUACUAGACGGGGUGGUGAAAUCGGAAACCCUAAUGAAGAAGCUGAAGAACGAAAACUUUGACCUGCUUUUUGCUGACCCCCUCCUGCCUGGCAGUGACCUGGCUGCAGAUAUUCUGGGCAUCCCUCUUGUUUUCACAUUGCGGUUUUCCUUGGCUCAUAACUGGGAGAGGCUGUGCGGUCAGUUGCCUGCUCCACCGUCCUUUGUCCCCGGCGCUAUGAGCAAACUCACAGACAAGAUGGACUUCUCAGAGAGACUGUGGAACGUCAUCUUCUAUGCGCUGCAGGACGUGGUGGUUGACCAUGUUAUGUGGAAUACGUUAGAUGAUUACUACUCAGAAGUCAAAGGAACGCCCACCAGUGCCUGCGAGUUGAUGGGAAAGGCAGAUAUCUGGUUGAUGAGGACCUACUGGGAUUUUGAUUUUCCUCGUCCGUUCCUCCCCAAUUUCAAGUUUGUUGGCGGGAUCCACUGCAGACCAGCUAAAGCUUUACCAAAGGACUUGGAAGAAUUUGUGCAGAGCUCUGGAGAUGACGGUAUCGUGGUCUUCACUUUGGGAUCCAUGAUAAAGAACGUCACCAUAGAGAAGGCAGACCUAAUAGCUUCAGCCCUCGCUCAGAUUCCCCAAAAGGUACUAUGGCGAUAUACUGGGGACAAACCAAACACUUUAGGUCCCAACACCAGGAUUUUCAGCUGGAUCCCUCAGAACGACCUGCUGGGUCACCCUAAAACUAAAGCUUUCAUCACUCACGGCGGAACAAACGGGAUCUAUGAGGCCAUCUACCACGGCGUUCCCAUGGUGGGGAUCCCCAUGUUUGCUGACCAGCCAGACAACAUGGUGCACAUGGAGGCCAAAGGAGCUGCAGUCAUUCAGAACAUAAACUUCAUGACAACCGAGAGUCUCAGAGAUGCCAUCAAGACCGUCAUUAAUGACAAAUCCUACAAAGAAAACAUGAUGCGACUGUCCAGAAUCCACCACGACAGGCCCAUGAGUCCUCAGGAUGAAGCAGUUUUCUGGGUCGAGUUCACCAUGAGGAACAAAGGAGCAAAGCACCUGAGGGUCCAGGCCCACGAGCUCACCUGGUACCAGUAUCACAGCCUGGACGUCCUAAUCUUCCUCCUCACGUUGAACCUGCUCCUCAUCUUCAUCCUCUUCAAGACCUGCAGCUUCUGUUUCCGGAGAUGCAGCGGCAGAAAAACGACAAAAAGAAAAGCUGAAUAACAGACUGAAGGGAGAUUUUGUUUGGAAAGAACAUUUUAUUGGGGACUACCUGAGUUUAUCACCACUCGAAACUUGCCUUCAGAUUUGUUGACCUUU